UUUAAAAAAAGAGGGAGCCAAACGCAUGCAAAGAGAAACGUGCACAUACCACGCAACCACCCGAGGAGAACCUAGCAGCCUGUCUCCUCUUCUGCCAAGUUAUCAUUAAGAAAACAGGGAAGGCAUCAUGACGUCCUGGGUCACAGGGAGUGCGGACCGACGCUACCAAGAGCGAAGGGAGGCGCCUGGGCGCUCCGGCUAGCCGCGGGCGCAGCUCGGCCCCUCGCAGCCCGGCUGGAGCUAUUUGCUGGUUCAUCAAUGAAGCGACCUUAGAUGAUGAAGAUGUAAGGAAAUCAUCCUACGCUAAUACGGUUGCAGUUUGAAAGGUUGCCACAGAAGGAGGCAGAAGCGAAGAGGGGCAUAUUUGUGCAUGGAAAGGUGGUCUCUUUUGCACUGGGGCUCCAGGGGGGCUUCUCUGCAGAAUGUCAAACAAAGAUCGACACAUUGAUUCCAGCUGUUCGUCCUUCAUCAAGACGGAACCCUCCAGCCCAGCCUCCCUGACGGAUAGCGUCAACCACCACAGUCCUGGUGGUUCUUCCGACGCCAGCGGGAGUUACAGUUCAACCAUGAAUGGCCAUCAGAACGGACUGGAUUCGCCACCUCUCUACCCCUCUGCUCCUAUCCUGGGAGGUAGCGGGCCUGUCCGGAAACUGUAUGAUGACUGCUCCAGCACCAUCGUUGAGGAUCCCCAGACAAAGUGUGAAUACAUGCUCAACUCCAUGCCCAAGAGACUGUGCUUAGUGUGUGGCGACAUUGCCUCUGGCUACCACUAUGGGGUCGCAUCGUGUGAAGCCUGCAAGGCAUUCUUCAAGAGGACGAUUCAAGGUAACAUAGAGUACAGCUGCCCGGCCACAAAUGAAUGUGAAAUCACAAAGCGCAGACGCAAAUCCUGCCAGGCCUGCCGUUUCAUGAAGUGUCUGAAAGUGGGCAUGCUGAAAGAAGGGGUGCGUCUUGACAGAGUACGUGGGGGUCGUCAGAAGUACAAGCGCAGAAUAGAUGCCGAGAACAGCCCAUACCUGAAUCCUCAGCUGGUGCAGCCAGCCAAAAAGCCAUAUAACAAGAUUGUCUCGCAUUUGUUGGUGGCUGAACCAGAGAAGAUCUAUGCCAUGCCUGACCCUACUGUUCCUGACAGUGACAUCAAAGCCCUCACAACACUCUGUGACUUGGCUGACCGAGAGUUGGUGGUUAUCAUUGGAUGGGCAAAACAUAUUCCGGGCUUCUCCACGCUGUCCCUGGCGGAUCAGAUGAGCCUUCUCCAGAGUGCGUGGAUGGAAAUCUUGAUCCUCGGUGUUGUGUACCGAUCCCUUUCAUUUGAGGAUGAACUUGUCUAUGCAGACGAUUAUAUAAUGGAUGAAGACCAGUCCAAACUAGCAGGCCUUCUAGACCUAAACAACGCUAUCCUACAGCUGGUGAAGAGGUACAAGAGCAUGAAGCUGGAGAAGGAAGAAUUCGUCACCCUCAAAGCAAUAGCUCUUGCUAAUUCAGAUUCCAUGCACAUAGAAGAUGUGGAAGCUGUUCAGAAACUUCAGGACGUCUUACACGAGGCGCUGCAGGAUUAUGAGGCUGGCCAGCACAUGGAGGACCCUCGCCGAGCAGGCAAGAUGCUGAUGACGCUGCCGCUGUUGAGGCAGACCUCCACCAAGGCCGUGCAGCACUUCUACAACAUCAAACUAGAAGGCAAAGUCCCCAUGCACAAACUUUUUUUGGAAAUGCUGGAGGCUAAGGUCUGACUAAGAGCCCCCCGGGCUCUCCCAUUCUGCACGUUGAAAAGGGAAGACAAACCCAAGAGUGAUGUUGAAGAAUCUUAGAGUUUAGUGAACAACAUUAAAAAUCAACAGAGACUGCACUGAUAUUUUAGCAGCAACAGUACAAUGCAGCCUGCGGAAUCCACCACAUCUUCCUGAUAGGUUUUCUCACCUUUACCCCGCUGUUCCUGCAGCCUGUCCCUGUCCCUCCGGCCC